GGGCAGCGCUUCAGGCCGCAGAACUGCUCGGUCAUCUACGGCAUCCCCAACUGCCGCUUCACCACCGACCACAGCUGGCACAUGGAGGCUGACGCCAUUAUCGUGCACCACAAGGAUGUCAGUUCCAGGCCCAGGCGGCUGCUGCCAGGCGCGCGGGUGCCAGCGCAGCGCUGGAUCUGGUUCAACCUGGAGUCACCCAGUCACUCACCCAACCUACGCGCCAUGAACAACCUCUUCAACCUCACCAUGUCCUACCGGAGGGACUCAGAUAUCUUCAGCCCCUAUGGAGAGCUGCAGGUCCUCGAGCAGCCCCAGCCCUUUAGCAUCCCACCCAAGUCCAAGCUGGUGGCCUGGGUGGUCAGCAACUGGCAGACACGUUCGCGCCGAGUGAAGUACUACCAGGAGCUAAAGCGACACAUCACCGUGGACAUUUAUGGGCGGAAUCACCAGCCCCUGGCCCGAGACCGGCUCCUGCCCACCUUGGCCCAGUACAAGUUCUACUUGGCCUUUGAGAACUCACAGCAUGAAGACUACAUCACCGAGAAGGUCUGGAGGAACGCCUUGUCUGCUGGCACUGUCCCCGUCGUCCUCGGGCCGCCGCGGGACAACUAUGAGCGCUUUCUGCCCCCUGAUGCCUUCAUCCACGUUGACGACUUUGCCAGCGCCCGGGAUCUGGCGCGGUACCUGCUGGAGCUGAGCGAGGAUGCCGAGAGAUACAAGCGCUACUUUGAGUGGCGGCAAUGGCUGAAGCCUGUGGUCGUGUCCGGGUGGGCCGUCCGCCUCUGCCAAGUCUGUCGUUUCCUGCAGACGGAGACCCGGUACCAGGUGGUGGCCAAGCUGUCUAAAUGGUUUCUGUAA